AUGGCACUGCAAAGCUCGCCAAAGAGGCUUGCCGGAAAGGUACUUAGUCACUCGACGCAGAUCACUCCCAGCCUGGCGACCUGCGCCUCAUCGCUCGCUGCUGUUGCCGGCCGGCCUCGCUGGCAUGCUCAACAAGCUGAGUCGAGAGCAAUACAGACGGAACAGGCAGGGAGCGUCGCUCUCGGAGCGCUCGAGCAAUCCUUCGAUACCUCUCGCAGCGUCGAAUACAUCUCGACCUGGCAUCCCGGCAAACAUGCCAGAGCGGAUAGCUCGGGUACGCGAUCGGAUACUUCCGUCGAGCUGCUCUCAGCACUUCACUUGCCGAGACAGCCCGUCUGUAGGCCGGCAGCGGACCCUCGUCGAAGCUAUGCUACCUCUUCGACAACGUCAGCAAACGCCAUGGCGGACAGCGAGACUAUUGCGCCCAUUUUGGUCACCGACACGGCCCGUCCGGCGCAGCGUCCCCGAUGGCCCUUUCGCUUCCCCGUGGCGGCUCAUGCAAAGCCAGCAGCUCCGCUUGAGCGCCAGACAUUCGAGCCUGCGGCUGCCGCCAAACCGCGUGCCAAGGACCGCACCAAAGAUUCAGAGCUCAGAGCCAAAGCGCGGGCCUAUCAGAUCAAACGGAAAGCUGUGCUUGCGGAGCGAGACGCCACUUUGAAGCAGAAGUGGCCCGCUUUUGCACUCGACAGUAUCGAAUGGCGCAAGCCACUUGUCCGCCUCUGCAAAACCCCGGCUGAGCUUACUGCGGCCUUACAAGACCUGGAACCGCUUGGCAUGGACCUCGAAUGGAACGUCAGCAAACGCAAGGCGCAAACAAACAAGGUAUCGCUCGUGCAGAUCUGCGACGCCCGUCAGAUAAUAAUUUACCAAAUUCCGCCUGGGCAAGCAGGUGUACCACAGGUACUGAGGGCAUUGCUCGAGGACGCCGCAGUAUGGAAGAUUGGCGUGAACAUCGGUAAUGAUGGCAAGAAGCUAGAGAAGGACCAUGACGUCGAUUGUAAGGGUCUACUCGAGCUGACUAAGGCUGCACGUCUCGUAGACGCCCCGACUCUAGAGAAGAAACGGGCUAUCGUGUCGCUGCAAGAGCUGAGCGGUAUCUACCUGGAAAAGUAUCUGCCCAAGGGCGAGGUGCGCACGUCCGACUGGGAGCGGCCCUUGACAAGCGAACAAGUCAACUAUGCAGCUCACGACGUGUUCGCGGGUCUUCAGAUCUUCCGUCGCUUGCUAGAUCUUGGCGGUCAACCUCUGGAGUCCUUUGCGGUCUGCCUGACAGACUUUGUUGCGCCCAAGGCUACGACAUUGCCGCGCAGCAAGACAGCUUCGCCACGGAAAGCAGCAGGCAUUGCGAUCAGUAAAGCAACGCCACGCCAGCUCGAGGCUUGGGAGCUGUGGCACGAGCAAGACGAAGAGCCAGAGGCGAUCGCCAUAUCGAUGAGCAUCCAACCCACAACGGUGGUCUCGUACAUCAUGGAGGGCAUGCGCCGCCAGCUUGACCUGCAGCCGCAUCCGGAUCGCCUGGAGAUGCUCUUGCACAAGCAGCCUGUCAUCCGUCAUCAAUAUAGCAAGCUGAUCCAACAGAUCGCGUCCGGCGCAGAGCGCACGCUGAUUGCGGCGGAAGAGCUCGUGCCAUAUGCGAUAGCGCGUGCAGAGCUGGAGGAUGCAAAGGACGGGCGCGGCGAGGAGCAUGCACAGGUGUAG